AUGCCUUCCCGUUACCGCAACUUCCGACACAGUGUGCCAUGGCUCAUCCUCUUUCUGGAAGCUGUUUUCCUCGUCUUCUCUUACUUUUUCCUCUCAGAUGCUGCCACUUUAGGUCUAUCAGUUGUCUCCUACCCAGCUUUUCAAGAUGUCAACCACAUGGUGAUUUUUGGAUUUGGCUUUUUCCUGGUGGUUCUAAGAAGAUAUGGGUUUAGCAGCACUGGAUUCAACCUCCUGAUCAUGGUGCUUGGUGUCCAAUACUCUGUGUUGACAGAUUAUUUAUUAGACUACCUUGAUAUGCAGAAAAAUGAAAAUGGUCUGACAAGAAUAACAAAGGCUACUAUGAGUAUGACUGCUGUGGCCAUCUCCACUGGAGCUGUUCUUGGGAAGAGUAAUCCUCUGCAGUUAAUUGUCAUGGCAAUUGUGGAAUUAAUAACUUUCUCUGUCAGCAGAAGGAUCAACAAAAUAUUCCUGGAGGUCUUAGAUAGUAUCAGCAUGAUGCACGUGCACCUGUUUGGAGCCUACUUUGGCCUGGCAGUCACCUCUCGUUUCCCUGAGCCUUCCCCAAGGUUGGACAAGAACAGGAACACGCCAACGUCAGACUUGUGGUCAAUGUUGGGCACUGUCUUUCUCUGGGUGUUCUGGCCAAGCUUCAAUUCUAUCCUAGUUCGGGAUGCAAACAAGGUGACAGCAGCCUACAACACCUACUUCGCCCUUGCAGUGAGUGCUGUGAUUGCCUUCGCGUUUUCUGUUCUGACCACAAAGGAUGGAAAAUUCCAAAUGGCUCAUAUCCACAGUGCAGUCCUGGCUGGUGGGGUCACUAUUGGUUAUACAGCACAGAGUAUCCAGCACCCUUGGAAUGCCAUGGUUUUGGGGCUGCUGGCCAGUGUCAUUGCCAUAGCUGGAUCUCACUGUUCACAGAGCUGCUUGAAUCCUCCUCUCAAGAUUCAUGAUACUUCUGGAGUUCAUUUCACUUUUGCCUUGCCUGCUGUGCUCGGAGCUCUUGCCCAGGUUGCUCUCUUACUUGAAGAUUGGACUCAUUUAACAAGUCCUGGUUAUUUGGUCCUGAUUCACCUUGGUGCCUUCUGCCAGACCAUUGCUGUCGCCUUGAUAGCAGGUUUGAUUACAGGUUUAAUCUUAAACCUCAAACUCUUUAAGAUCAUCUCUUCAUCCAAGUACUUUGACGAUCAGUUUUAUUGGGAGUUUCCCCACUUGUCUGUUGGAUACUGA